GUGGGGGAGGAGGAGUGGGAACAACUGAGCGUGGCCGUCUUGAACCGAAUGCCGACUCCACGGCUUCCCCACGACGGAUCAGCGCUCGCUGACUUCCCGGGCUGGAAGAACUCUGGAUCGUAGUUGCUUAAACUUUACGUAGAGCUGGAGACGAGGGUUUGCGCUCCAACUUCGCUGCCCCCUCCCCCAUUUCUCUCAGGUCUAGCAGUUCCGGAUACUUUCCCUCCAUCUUUCAAGGAUCUUUGGCUCCCUAAAAGCUCGUCCCCUCCCAACUCUGCUGUGGCAAAGCCACCCUCCACCGGGCACUUCGGGCCCGCCUCCUUCUCCGUUGCCUUCGGGGACCCCGCGAUCUUCGGGGCCUUACGCUGCCUCGGAGGCCACCCGUCCUGCCAACCCGCCGCAGACGUGUAGCCGCUGGGUCCGCUGUGGAGGGAGGGGCUCAGGCUGGGGCUAGUCCGAAGCCCGGCGGGCGGGGCCGGGAAGGGGAGGUGUAGGGGGCCGGACGGGGCGGAGCAGGCGGCAUUUGCGGCCGGCGCCGGGGUGGAGAGUUGUGCGCCGGUCCCUGGGCCUGAGCUCCGGCUCCGGCUGGGGCGCCUGCGAUGUCUCAAGAUGGCGGAGCUGGGCGAAUUAAAGCACAUGGUGAUGAGUUUCCGGGUGUCUGAGCUCCAGGUGCUUCUUGGCUUUGCUGGCCGGAACAAGAGUGGACGGAAGCACGAGCUCCUGGCCAAGGCCCUGCACCUCCUGAAGUCCAGCUGUGCCCCUAGUGUCCAGAUGAAGAUCAAAGAGCUUUACCGACGUCGCUUUCCCCGGAAGGCCCUGGGGCCCUCUGAUCUCUCCCUGCUCUCUUUGCCCCCUGGCACCUCUCCUGUAGGCUCCCCUGGCCCUCUAGCUCCCAUUCCCCCAACCCUGUUGGCCCCUGGCACCCUGCUGGGCCCCAAGCGUGAGGUGGACAUGCACCCCCCUCUGCCCCAGCCUGUGCACCCUGAUGUCACCAUGAAACCAUUGCCCUUCUAUGAGGUCUACGGGGAGCUCAUCCGGCCCACCACCCUUGGUAUGGCUCUUUGUGGUCCCUUAGUCUUCUGGACUCCAUGGCUGUUCCCCAAACAUUUCAGAGGCUUUAGUACUGUGGGAUUGGCGGCAUGGAUGGGGGUGAUUUCUGUGGCUGCCUGUGCAUGGGCUUGGAAUAACUGCCAUUUUGUGUCCUCAGCAUCCACUUCCAGCCAGCGGUUUGAGGAAGCACACUUUACCUUUGCCCUCACACCCCAGCAAGUGCAGCAGAUUCUUACAUCCAGAGAGGUUCUGCCAGGAGCCAAAUGUGAUUACACCAUACAGGUGCAGCUAAGGUUCUGUCUCUGUGAGACCAGCUGCCCCCAGGAAGAUUAUUUCCCCCCGAACCUCUUUGUCAAGGUCAACGGGAAACUGUGCCCCCUGCCGGGUUACCUUCCCCCAACCAAGAAUGGGGCUGAGCCCAAGAGGCCCAGCCGCCCCAUCAACAUCACACCCCUGGCUCGACUCUCAGCCACUGUUCCUAACACUGUUGUGGUCAAUUGGUCAUCUGAGUUCGGACGGAAUUACUCCUUGUCUGUGUACCUGGUGAGGCAGUUGACAGCAGGGACCCUUCUACAGAAACUCAGAGCAAAGGGUAUCCGGAACCCAGAUCACUCGAGGGCACUGAUCAAGGAGAAAUUGACUGCUGACCCUGACAGUGAGGUGGCCACUACGAGUCUCCGGGUGUCACUCAUGUGCCCGCUAGGGAAGAUGCGUCUGACUGUCCCUUGUCGUGCCCUCACCUGCGCCCACCUGCAGAGUUUCGAUGCUGCCCUUUACCUACAGAUGAAUGAGAAGAAGCCAACAUGGACAUGUCCUGUGUGUGACAAGAAGGCUCCCUAUGAAUCUCUUAUCAUUGAUGGUUUAUUUAUGGAGAUUCUUAGUUCCUGUUCAGAUUGUGAUGAGAUCCAGUUCAUGGAAGAUGGAUCCUGGUGCCCAAUGAAACCCAAGAAGGAGGCAUCUGAGGUUUGCCCCCCGCCAGGGUAUGGGCUGGAUGGCCUGCAGUACAGCCCAGUCCAGGAGGGAAAUCCAUCAGAGAAUAAGAAAAAGGUUGAAGUUAUUGACUUGACAGUAGAAAGCUCAUCAGAUGAGGAGGAUCUGCCCCCAACCAAGAAGCACUGUUCUGUCACCUCAGCUGUCAUCCCAGCCCUACCUGGAAGCAAAGGAGUCCUGACGCCUGGCCACCAGCCAUCCUCGGUGCUAAGGAGCCCUGCCAUGGGCACGUUGGGUGGGGAUUUCCUGUCCAGUCUCCCACUACAUGAGUACCCACCUGCCUUCCCACUGGGAGCCGAAAUCCAAGGUUUAGAUUUAUUUUCAUUUCUUCAGACAGAGAGUCAGCACUACGGCCCCUCCGUCAUCACCUCACUAGAUGAACAGGAUGCCCUUGGCCACUUCUUCCAGUACCGAGGGACCCCUGCUCACUUUCUGGGCCCACUGGCCCCCACGUUGGGGAGCUCCCACUGCAGCGCCACUCCGGCACCCCCUCCUGGCCGUGUCAGCAGCAUUGUGGCCCCUGGGGGGGCCUUGAGGGAGGGGCAUGGAGGACCCCUGCCUUCAGGUCCCUCUUUGACUGGCUGUCGGUCAGACAUCAUUUCCCUGGACUGAGUACCUUGGAUUAUGGAAACUUCACUUUCCGCCAACACUGAGCAGGACAAUGACCCCCAGACCGAAUGACUUCGGGACUGUCGUUACUUCCACCAGCCCUCAGCUGAACUGUAAGCACCCUCCGCAGCACUAUGCACACCUGUUACAGCAGGCAUCACCUCGAAUGAAUUAUCUCCAAGAGAAACACGCCAAAUAACAUUCUUGAUGCCACCUCUCCUUUCAUUUCACUCAAAUGGCAACCAAGUGCGCACGUUAUCUCCUCCAACUCCCUCAAACCUAUGUUCUCUCCAGCCUUCAUUCAUUGCCCUGGCUUAAGCCUUCCUCAUAUUUUGCCUGAAAUAUUGUUGCAAGUCUCCAAAUAGUCCUCCCCCUACCAGUUCAUUCUCUGCAGUGCUGCCAGAGUGAUAUUUUGUCUCGUUUUGAGGUAAAGUCUCGCUCUGUCAUCCAGGCUGGAGUGCAUGGGCGUGAUCCCGGCUCACUGCAACGUUCACCUCCGGGUUGAAGCGAUUCUUGUGCUUUAGACUUCCAGGUAGCUGAGAUUACAGGCGUGCACCACCAGGCCCGGCUAAUUUUUUUGUGUUUUUAGUAGAGGCAGGGUUUUGCCAUGUUGGCCAGGCUGGUCUCGAAUUUCUGACCUCAGGUGAUCCACCCACUUUGUCCUCCCAAAGUACUAGGAUUCCAGGCAUGAACCACCGCACCUGACCACAGUCAUGUUUCUAAAACACUGAACUGAUUAUAUUGCUUCCCACUGCUUUUAGGACAAACUGUUUAGCACAGUGUGGCCAGAACCCACCAGUUCCUUGUCCCUUCCUAUCUCUAGCCUCAAUUCUGACAGACCCAUCCAUGACCUACUUUCUAAUGCCCUGUAUGUAGUUUCCCCAAGAAACAGACUGCUCUGGGAUUCUUUCCUCAUUUCCCUGGAAAGUCCUAAUUUAAAAAAAAUGGUAUUUUUAAAUUAAUACAUAACAGAUGUACAUGUGAGAAUUUGAUACAUUCCUAUAAUCAAACCAGGAUAAUUCAGAUAUCACCUUAAAUCUUUAUGCUACGGACAUUCAAUUUUUUUGUUUUAUUUAUUUUUGAGACUGAAUUUCGCUCGUUGCCCAGGCUGGAGUACAGUGGCGUGAUCUUAGCUCACUGCAACCUCUGCCUUCCAGGUUCAAGCAAUUUUCCCGCUUAAGCCUCCCAAGUAGCUGGGAUUACAGGUGCCAACCAUCAUGCCUGGCUAACUUUUUGUAUUUUUAGUAGAGAUGGGCUUUCGUCAUGUUGGCCAGACUGGUCUUGAAUUCCUGACCUCACUCAGGUAAUCCUCCUGCCUUGGCCUCCUAAAGUGUUGGGAUUACAGGCUUGAGCCACCACGCCUGGCCUAAAGUUUUAUUUUUAUUUUUCAGAUAAAGUCUUGCUCUGUUGCCCAGAUUGGAGUGCAGUGGCAUGAUCUCGGCUCACUGCAACUUCUGACUCCUGGGUUCAAGCAAUUCUCCUGCCUCAGCCUCCCAAGUAGCUGGGACUAUAGGCGAGCACCACCACGCCCAGCUAAUUUUUGUAUUUUUAGUAGAGACGGGGUUUCACCAUGUUUGUCAGGCUUGUCUUGAACUCCUGACCUUGUGAUCCACCCACCUUGGCCUCCCAAAGUGUUGCGAGUACAGGCGUGAGCCACUACACCUGGCCUAUUUUUAAUUACAUAUAUCUUAGAGACAGAGUCUUGCUCUGUGGUCCAGACUGAAGUGCAGUGGUGUGGUGAUAGAUCACUGCAGCCUCAAACUCCUAGGCUCAAGAGAUGCUCCUGCCUCAGCCUCCUGAGUAGCUAGAAUUACAGGCGUGCCCUACUGCACCAGCUAAUUUUUAAAUUUUUUGUAAAGAUUAAAUCUCGCUAUGUUGCCCAUGCUGUUCCUGAACUCCUGGCUCCAACUAAUCUUCCCACCUUGGCCUCCCAACAUGUUGGGAUUGUCAGAUUGACCCACUGUCCAAAUUAUUCUCUUCUAGUUAUUUUGAAAUGUACAGGAAAUUAAUAACGAUGCCACUCUGCUGCUCUAUCCAAUUAUCAGAUCUUAUCUCUUCCAACUGUGUAUUUGUGCCCAUUAUUCACCUCUCUUCAUUCUCCCCAUCCUUCCUAGCCUCUAGUAACUACCAAUCUACUAUUUUCUUUUUCCUUUGUUUUUUUUUUUUUUUUUUUUGAGACAGAGUCUCACUCUGUAGCUCAGGCUGGGUACAGUGGCGUGAUCUUGGCUCACUGCAACCUCUGCCUCCUGCCUUAGCCUCGUCAGUAGCCGGGAUUAUAGACAUGUGCCACCAUGCCCAGCUAAUUUUUUUCUUUUUGGUAUUUUUAGUAGAGACAGGUUCACCAUGUUGGCCAGGCUGGCAUUGAACUCCUGACCUUGUGAUCCACCCGCCUCGGCCUCCCAAAGUGCUGGGAUUACAGGUAUGAGCCACCAUGCCCAGCUCUACUCCCUGUUUUCUUGAGAUCCACUUUAGCUCCAACGUCAGAGAACAUGCAAUAUUUGUUUCUGUACUUGGCUUAUUUUACUUAAUGACCUCCAGUUCCAUCCAUGUCGCUGCCAAUGACAGGAAUUCUUUCUAAUGGCUGAAUAAUACAUACAUUUUCUUUAGCCUUUCAUCUAUUGAUGAGCACUUAGUCAACUGAUUCCACGUUUUGGCUACUGUGAAGUACUGUAGUAAACAAGGGAGUGCAGGUCUCUUUCUCAUAUAUUGAUUUUUCUUUUCUCUCUCUCUCUCUAUAUAUCCAGUAGUGGAGUUGGAGCAUACAGUUCUAUUUUUAAUCUUUUUGAGGAACCUCUGUAGUCUUCCAUAAUGGCUGUACUAAUUUGCAUUCCCAAGAAUGUAUGAGGGCUCUCCUUCUUCCGCAUCCUCACUAGCAUUCAUUAUUCUUUCUUCUUGAUAAAAGUCAUUAAUUGGGGUGAAAUGACAUCUCAUUGUGGUUUUGAUUUCCAUUUCUCUGAUUAGUGAUGUUCAACAAUUUUUCAUAUACCUGUUGGCCAUUUGUCUUUGAAAAUACCUAUUCAGAUCUUUUGGCCAUUUUGCCAGGCUGGAGUGCAAUGGCGUGAUCUCAGCUCACUGUAACCUCCGCCUCCCGGGUUCAAGCAAUUCUCCUACCUCCGCCUCCUGAAUAGCUGGGACUACAGGCGCAUGCUACCAUGCCCAGCUAAUUUUUGUAUUUUUAGUAGAGAUGGGGUUUCACCAUGUUGGCCAGGAUGGCCUCGAUCUCUUGACCUCUUCUGGCCAUUUUUAAGUUUGAUUGUACUUUUUGCUACUGCUUGAGCUCCUUGUAUGUUCUGGUUAUUAAUUCCUUGUUAGUUUGCAAAUAAAACAUCUUCAUCUUUCAAACUACACAUUGCCACUUUGUUCCCUUUCCUGCCUGACCCUUUUCCCUUUCUGGUCUCUCUGUACAUAGGAUUUACUCUUCUGUAGCACCCCAAUACUUCCUGGUAUUUGUCUCCUCCUGCUAGACUGUGUGCUCGAGAUUUAUUCAUCUUUGUAUUCCCAAGGCUUAGCCCAGUGCUUGGCACAAAACAGGUGCUCAGUAAAUGAUGGUGACUGGCUUGAGGGCAGAGAUGGUGUCUCAUCUAUCUUUGUAUGUUACGAUUAGUAUGGUGGCUGGCAAUUAUUUGGCACUCAAGUGUUUAAAGAAUUAGAAAACACAUUGGUGAGAGAAAACUGAAGGUAUUAUAAAACAUCCGACUGCUUUAAGUGAAUUAAAGCUGCUGGGACAGAUGAUAUCCAUGAUACUGACAGAGAAUUUAGUGUUGUCACAGAAGAGGAAGACACUAAUUUACUGUGUGCUUUACAUAUGCCAGGUACUGGGCUGUUCUACGCACAUAGUUUCAGACGUCUUAGAAGCCUAGUGCUGACAAAAUGUGGCUUCAGUCCACAGAUUCUAGCAUGACUGCUUGGGCCAAUCCACCUGCUAACUCUGAAAACAUUUUCCUCUACUCUGUGAUAGUCUUUCACAUUCCCUACACAGUAUGUAUGUGUGCAUGUGUGUGUGAAAAAUUACAGCUCAUCAGCCUGGGCAACACAGGGAGACCCUGUCUCUACAAAAAAAUUAAAAAAUAAAAAGUUAGCCAGGUACGUGUGGUGCAUACCUGAAAUCCCAGCUAUUCCAGAGGCUGAGGUGGGAGGAUUGCUUGAGCCCAGGGUCAAGGCUGCAGGGAGCCAGUGAUUGCACUAUUACACCUCAGCCUGGGUGACAGAACGAGAUACUGUCUCAACAACAACAUAUAUAUAUAUGUAUAUAUAGUUCUCAACAAAAUAAAAGGCCUAGACAUUUGAAAAUAAAAUUAACUUCAGAA